GUAGAGCAAGACUCUGGCCUGAAACAGAACCAAAAUUGAUUCAUUAAAUUGUGAAUGGGCAUGCAAAUUGAACCAUUCGCAGUUAAUGCAGUAAUAUUAGCAAAAUGCAUUACAUGGACAGUCUCCUUCAGUUCGUUCUUGUUGGCAGGGAAGGUUUAAAAAAUUAAAUUGGAAGAGCCUGUGUUAUGACGUAAUGCCUAAAUUAUGCAUGAAAAUACAUUAUUCUGAACAAACAUAUUUACAUUCAAUAGCCCUAAUAGUGCAAUAAUAUCAUCACACUGGAACUUUGUUGCCUUAUGUUUAGAAUUUAGCCAGCAGCUUUCCCACACAAACCCCUUCCUUGUGGAAACAGCUGUAUAUGCAGUGUAGCGUGAUGAACCUGUAGCUACAGGUCCCCACCGAGUGUAGCUGCAACCUAGGGUCACCUCACGCUGUUCGCUGCUGUAGGGAAGCAAUUACAAGAGAAUAUUGACUUUUUGAGUAUGCCGUUUCCGAGCUUGCGUGGCGCCAGAGGACGGUGUGACUCGGCCCGGUCCCGGACCCGGCUGCUGACGCAGCCCAGCCCAGGGCGGGCAUGUUGCUGGAAGGCAAUCCCGUGCGGGGGCCGGGUGUGCUGACUCAUGAGUUCUGAGUACGUCGGGUUGGCCACGCCAUCCGAAACCCGGGCGAGAGCCUCCAGCCCGCGGCCGCCGAGGGGCCUUGCCGCCGCCGGCGGCUCCCGCAGACAGGGCGGGCCGGGACCCACCGCCACCCCCGCUCCCGCCGGCGGCUCCGCGGCGGGGUUGCUAUGACGACGGGCGGGGCCGAGCAGCUAGGGGGCGCUGUCAGCCGCGCUGGGCCGCCACUACCGUGGCUCUUCGUGUGGGGGUGAAACUGAAAGUGAAGGGCCCGGGCCGCCGCCAGGCGGGACCGGUCUGCCCCGCGCCACCCGGCUCCUCCCGCCGGGUGCCCCGCCCGGCGCCGGCUCCCUCCCAUGAGCGUUUGAGCCGCCCUGGCCUCAGCAUGUCGGAGAGUUUCGACCGCGCUCCGGGUGCCGGCCGGGGCAAGGGCCGGGGCCGAGGAGGCGCUGUUCCCGUCAGCGGGGCCCGCCUCGGGGGCACCGGUUCUCACAGCUUGGGCUCGGCCGAGGAGCAACAGCACCAAACGGGCGGCUUCUUCCCGCAGCAGGAGCCAUUGCGGCCUCCGAAGACGGCGCCGCUGGGCACCGGAAUCGCAGAACAACUGCAACAGACGGGAAUUCCAUCUGGAUCACAAGAUAAAGUUUCAGUUCCUGAUUCCAGACCAGAAAUGGCUGAACCUCAGGUGGCUGUGGUUCCUGUGGUAACAUCAAAGCUGUCAGUUAAAGCACCUGAGUUUUAUCCGUCAGGAUACAGCCAGAGCUUCAAUCAAAACUUUGCAGAUUCUUCCUUUGAAGAUAGAUAUGAAGGCUAUUUGACUUUGGCAGAAUAUGUGCAAGACUUCCUAAAUCACCUCACCGAGCAACCAGGUUGUUUUGAAACUGAGAUAGAGCUGUUUGCCGAAACACUAAACAGCUGGGUCACUGCAGAUGAAGCUUUACAAGAUCUUGUUGAACUCAUCUAUCAGCAGGCCACAUCUGUCCCAAAUUUUUCCUACAUGGGAGCACGGUUGUGUAACUAUCUAUCUCACCAUCUAACCAUUAGUCCACAAAGUGGGAACUUCCGACAGUUGUUACUUCAAAGGUGUCGAACAGAGUAUGAAAACAGAGAUGAAGCUACCAAAGGUGAUGAGAGUACUCAAAAACAAUUUCAUGCCUUUGUGCUUUUCUUAGCUGAACUUUACCUUAACCUAGAGAUUAAAGGAACAAAGGGACAGGUAACACGAGCAGAAAUUCUUCAAGAAGGCCUUCGGGAAUUACUAAACGCGCUUUUCUCUAAUCCUGUGGAUGGUAAUUUGAUAUGCGCGGUCAAACUGCUGAAGUUGGCAGGCUCAGUUUUAGAAGACGCCUGGAAAGAAAAAGGAAAGAAUGAUAUGGAAGAAGUGAUUCAGAGAAUUGAAAAUGUUGUGUUGGAUGCAAACUGUAGCAGAGAUGUGAAACAUAUGCUUCUGAAACUAGUAGAACUGCGAUCAAGUAACUGGGGUAGAGUUUAUGGAACUUCUCCAUAUACAGAAGCUACCCCUGAAAAUGACCCAAACUAUUUUAUGAAUGAGCCAACAUUUUACACUUCUGAUGGUGUUCCUUUCACUGCAGCAGAUCCAGAUUACCAAGAAAAAUAUCAAGAGCUGCUUGAAAGAGAGGAUUUUUUUCCAGAUUAUGAAGAAAACGGAACAGAUCUGUCAGGACCUGGAGAUCCGUAUUUUGAUGACAUUGAUGAUGAGAUGGAUCCAGAAAUUGAAGAAGCAUAUGAAAAGUUCUGUCUAGAAUCAGAACAUAAGAGAAAACAGUGACAUGUUGCACAUUAAUGUUAGUUUAUUAAGCCUGUUUAGGUAUGGUUAGAAUACAGGGGAACACAAAACAUUUGUACCAAAAUAAGGAACUUGAGUUUCUCCAAGUACUAAAGUUGUAUAAUUUUCAUUUUGUUUAACGGAAUCUGCCAAAAAUUGUAAACUUAUGCCCUGUAACUUAAAAUGUGUAUAUAUCAUAGUUUAUUUUAUGUACAGGUAUAUGAACAAUGUUUUGGCUGCAGUAAAAAAUAAAUUAUCAUAAUUGAAAUUAAAAUUUAAUGGAGAACUGUCCCAUAAAAUUGCCCUAAAGGGAGAAAGGGGAAGAAUAACUUGAUCUAAAAUAAACUGCUUGCUUGCUUGUUUCAGGAGAUACUGGGAUUUACUUAUCCUUUUUACCACAUACAGGUUAUUUGGUGGUACUUUUUUUUUUUCCUAAGGAGAGUAUGAUCCAAAUACAGCUUUCUCUUUUUUUCUGUAGAUCCCAAUCAUGAGAAGUGGUUUGUGAAAGUUUUGUUUUAUUUCCUUUUUCUUUCUUUUCCAAAACCCAUAUGGGUGAGGUCAGACUUUUUUCCUGGAAUAAACAUGUUAUAUGUUGAUAAUGUGAAAAAGCAAGCAGUAUUUUGGAAGUCAAGUGCUUUCAAAGUCUUUGAUUCAGAUAAGCUUAUCUUCAACUUCUACAAGCAAGAACUAUCCUGUAAUUUGUUGUGUUCUUCAAGAAUAUAAGAAUAUGGUUAUGUUUUAACCCAUACUUCUCAAGACUAUGUGCAGUGCUCAAUAUCUUUUUUUGCCUUUUUUUUCCCUGUUAAUGUAUCUAACAUGUCUAACCUUCUGGCAACUCUUGUGACUUUCUCCAUUCUUCUAAUUUUAUGUAGUUUGAUUUCAUUUUAUAGUUGGAGUAAAUUCAUCUAGUUCAUAAACGUUAACAUUCUGAAGCCAACUGCUCUUUUCUGACCCAUAUAAUCAUGUUGGUUUUCCUAGUUUUCCUAGGAUACUCCAGUGUUGUUGUUGCCAAACUCAGUUGUAUGGUUUUCUGUUCUCUGUUACUGGUUAGACUGAGUAGAACUCCUUACCAAAAACAAAUGGAAAUAUUUCCCAGAAGUUAGCUACUGUAAAGAACACAUUUUGUAAAUAUGCAUGUAAAUAAUUCUGUUAAUAUUUCACUGUUAUUUGUUUGGUUAAAUAACUUGUGCAUCUGCUAAUAGAGUGAGCACUGACUCUUUUCUGGGUGUUUAUUUAACAUGCUUAUUUAGGUUGGAUUUUUGGAAAAUAAAAUUUAACUAGCUUUGUUCCUUUUCGUAUAAUUUCA